CAAGAUGGCGUCCAACAACACCCUGCGCAGCUACUCCAUCAUCCCAUGUUUCAUCUUUGUAGAGCUUGUCAUCAUGUCCGGCACAGUGUUGUUGGCCUACUACAUGGAGUGCACGGACCUGUUCAGUGUCCAUGUGCAGGGUUUCUUCUGUAAUGAUGCUGACCUGAUGAAGCCAUACCCCGGCAUGGAGGAGUCCAGCUUCAUCCCCCCCCUCAUCCUUUACUGCGUGGUGGCUGCUGCUCCCACAGCUAUAAUCUUCAUUGGAGAGGUGUCCAUGUACGUGAUGAAAUCCACGCGGGAAGCUCUGUUGGCCCAGGAGAAAACCAUUGUGACAGGGGACUGUUGUUACCUCAACCCUCUUAUCCGUCGCAUCAUACGCUUCAUAGGUGUGUUUGCAUUCGGCCUGUUUGCCACAGACAUCUUCGUCAAUGCGGGCCAGGUGGUGACGGGAGGUCUCUCGCCCUACUUCCUGUCUGUCUGCAAGCCCAACUACACUGGCACAGAGUGUCGUUUUAAUCACCAGUUUAUCGUCAACGGCAACAUCUGCACUGGAAACCCUGUUGCUGUGGAAAACGCCCGCCGGUCAUUCCCAUCCAAGGACGCUUCGCUGAGCGUUUACUCUGCUGUUUACCUGACGAUGUACAUCACCAGCACCAUCAAGACCAAGUCCAGUCGCCUGGCCAAGCCCGUGCUCUGCCUGGGGACGCUCUGUUCGGCCUUCCUCACCGGCCUCAACCGAGUCUCAGAGUACCGAAACCACUGUUCGGAUGUAGUGGCUGGAUUUAUACUGGGAUCAGCCGUCGCUCUGUUUCUGGGCAUAUGUGUCGUGAACAACUUCAAAGGUGUCCACAGUGCGGCAGCUAAACAGAAGACUGAAGAGUACCGCGGUCUGCCUCUGAUGACUUUCCCCCGUGUAGAGAGUCCUCUGGAGACCCUCAGCGCACAGAACCACUCGGCAUCGAUGACAGAGGUCACAUGACUAAGGGGGCAGCACCGGGUCACGUUUGCGUCUCCACAGCACUUCCAGACACAAUGACAAGGACGCAUGCCACGUGGCUCCGAAUGCUUAACAAAAAACACUCCUGAUAUCUCUGU